AUGCCCUUCGGAGAACGUAUCGACACCCAUGCUCACCUCCUGCCACCGUUCUAUCGACAAGCAUCCAUAGAAGCCGGUCAGGAGAAUCCAGAUGGCAUGCCGGAGCUGCCGAAUUGGGACAUUGAAACCCACCUCAAUCUCAUGCAAAAAUUAAACAUCGCCAAAUCCAUCCUGUCAAUCAGCUCGCCCGGCACAUAUCUCAUUCACGGUGACCACAUAGCCGCGCGUGAACUCACCCGUUCAUGCAACGAUUACAUGUCUGUUUUGGUUUCUCAAUACCCAUCAAAACUAGGUUUCUGGGCAUCCGUUCCUUUACCUGACGUUGAAGGCAGUUUGGAAGAGAUUGCAUACGCAUUCGACAAACUCAAUGCUGACGGCAUUGCUCUCGAGACGAAUCACCACGGCGUGUAUCUGGGCGACGCAAAAUUGGCCUCCAUCUUCGAAGAAUUGGAUAAAAGACACGCGAAAGUGUUUAUUCACCCUACCACACCAUGCAUCGUUCGACACGAUAGCGCAGAAACAAUCGCAGCAACUCCACUGGCCCAAUUCCCAAACCCAGUCUUUGAAUUUUUGUUCGAUACCGCCCGCGCACUCAUCAAUCUCUUUGUUUCGGGGACUGUCGCGCGGUGCCCAAACAUUACAUUCAUAAUCCCGCAUGCAGGCGGCGCAUUACUCCCCUUGAUCGAACGCUUUACAUCCUUCGGCCACCUUGUAAGCGCAGACCAAAUCCUCACAUCGCAAGCUAUAAAAGACACGUUCUCGCGACAAUUCUAUUUCGAUCUUGCCGGAUUCCCAUUUCCGGACCAAAUUAAGGAAUUGUUGUUAUAUGUAAAGACGGAUAGACUGCUGUAUGGAAGCGACUAUCCGUUUACACCCGAAAGGGCUGUGAUAGGGUUGGCGGAUGUGAUGACGCGCGAAAUGCCGAAGAUCUGGGAUGAUGAAAAGGAGAGAGAGACUAUUUUGGCAGGAAAUGCAAGGAGGUUGUUAGCUUCCUAG